AUGUAUUCGAAAUAAAAGAAUCAAAAGGGAAAGCCUGAAUGGGUUUCAUCAUUUGUAGAUUAGGAUCGUUAUAAGUUAUCGUAGGCUGAAUUGAUGUAAAAGAAAAUUAGUUUAAUGUCAAAACAUCGUAUGGAAGCUAAAGAUUAAUGGUAAUAAGUAUAAGAAAAAUUGAAAAACAAUGUUAUGGAUGAUGAUACUUAAAAGGUUUAAUUUUCUUGAUUAAAAUAGAUUUAUUUAACUGCUUUGCAUUCUAAGGGCUUAAAUAAUUCAACUUCAAAAAGAAGAAAUUUAACAUAAAUGAUUGAAUGGGAAAAAUCUGAAAGAGCCCAUUCAUAAAGUUAAUUUAAACCAGAUAUUCUUGAAUAAGCUAAAAUGUUAUUAUUAGAAAGUGAAAGAGGACAAUAAAAUUAGGAUCCAAACUUUCUUCAUAAAAUUAAGUAAGAUUUAGAGGAAACAAAAUCAUUUGUUGCAAAAGUAUAAUUUAUUAUAUAUAUUAUUUAUAGGCUUAAAGAUUAAAGAAACCAGAAAAAAUAUUAAAAGCAUAAUAAGAAAAAUCAAUUGAUAAAAGCAAAUAAGAGAUAAAAAAAUAAACAAUCAAAUAAAAUCAAAUAAAUGAAGAAAAAUAAUAAAACUAAGAAAAUUAUGGAUUUAAUGGUAUGAAAAAUUUAGAUAAUGUAAUUUCAUUUCUUGAAAAUACAUUACAUUCUUAAGAAGUCUAAAUUUCAUAAUUAAAAGAAGAGAAUCCUUUUCGUAAUGCAGCUUUAACUGAUACAAAAACUAUAUAUUCAGAAAUUCCUAAUUAUUCUGUAAAUAACACAUAAAAUAAAUUUUAUCCUAAAGAAGAAUAUUGCUUAGGUUAAUAAUAAAGUAUUGAGAAUUUCAAUUAAGAUACAAAAUAAUAAAAUCUAUAAUUUCAAAAUAAAGAAAAUGAUUUUAUAAAUUCUCGUAUUUAAAAGGAUGAAUUUAGUAAUUUAAAUUAAUCAGAGAUUCCUAAAAAUGAUAUACCUAAAUAUGAAUAAUUUAAAAAAGAUAUUAUGAAAAUAGAAGAAUAACAUCCAAAUUAAUUUGUAUAAUAGAAAUUAAAUUUUGAUAAGGUUUGUUUUACUACUAAAAAUGAAUUAUCUUUUGAUGAUAAUAUUGAUUAAUUGAGAUAAUUACUUGAAUAAACUAGAUAAGAAUUAAAUUAAAUGAAUUUAUAAGAUUCUAGUAUUAUAGAAUGUAAUAAUAGUUAAAGAGAUAUAAAUAUUUAAUUAAAUUAAAUAGAACCUUUAUAAUAGAAACAUGUAAAUUACUAAAAGAUUCAUCGAAAAUACAAGAAUUGUGAUACUUUUGAUAUUAAUGAUCAUUUAAUGUGA